AUGGAUGAAUCCUCCAUUCAUCAGUUAUUAAAAUGCAAAUUAUGUUCCAAACCAUUUGUUGAUCCUGUUUCAACACAAAAUGGAGAACGAUUUUGUCGAUCAUGCAUUUCUCAAAUAAUACGUCGAGAUAAUCCUGAUGAAUCUAGUAGAACAAAUACAGAUAAUGAAAAUCAAUUAUCCAAAAUACAAAGCUUGACUCCUGUUACUGAAGCACUAGUACUAGAAAUGCUUGAUUCACUUCUUGUUCGAUGUGGAAAAUGUGGCAUAUCUAAUAUUCCUCGUGGUCGAUUCAAUGAACAUAAAAAUAAAGAAUGUCUAAAAGCAAGUACUUUAUGUGAAGCUGCUGAUAUAAAAUGUCCAUGGAUUGGUACACGUGAAGAUCUUGACCAACAUUUAAAAGAAUGUAAAUUUGAACCAUUAAGACCUGCAUUAGAAGAAAUAUUUAAUGAACAUGAUCAAUUAAAAAAUCUAAUUAAAAUUUUAGAAACACAAAUUAAUGAAUUAAUGAAUAAGUAA